UUACAAAAAGUAAACAAAACAAAGAAAAUACGAUUUCAACAAAUCGGGCAGCCUUUCGGAACGAAAGUCUUAUAUACAAAGAAAGUUUGUUAUACAAAGAGAUAGAUUACGUUAAUUGUUUUAGCGAAGAUAUAUAAAGUAUGAAUCCACAGUCGAAUUCUUCAGAUUGGAAGAUUCGACUGGUCUGGCUAAAUAAGAUCGUCUUCCUACUUUCAAUUUGGUUUAACCAGAUCCCUGGACAUUACUACCAUUUAUAUACGCAGUAUAACCAAGUCCAAUUAACAUAUACUAUCGAUUAGAUAUUUAUUAUCAUAAAGAGUGAUGAUUUUUAACGUGGCAUCUUCCAAUUUCAAGUGAAAAUUGGUUUAACUUGAGCAACAUAAGUAAAAACAUAGAUAUGGAUUCUGAAAACGCAGGGAGUGGAUAUCUCGCUCACCAAAAGGAGAUGCAACCGGAAUUAGGAAAACAAUUAAAGGCUUUAUCCGAUCAAGUCACCCAAAUGCAUCAGGAAUUAGGUAAACAAUUAAAUGCUUUAACUGACCAGAUCACCUUAAAGAACCAAGACAGAAUGGAAGAAAAAAUGAGCCGUAUGAAAGUUGAUGAAGACUUUAUUCCCAAGCAACCUAUGGACAUUAUAGCAUUGGUAUAUGAAAAAUAUGGGCCAAUAGCAGACUCCUAUCUAAAAAUGAUUCAUCCGCUUAAUCCUGGAAUUGGAAUAUUCGAACCAUCUGAACAAUCUGUAGCAGUUUUUGGAAAAAAUCUGCAAAGCAUUUUUGGUUACCUACCUAAAGUAUUUCCAUCUGAUCGCGAGAAAAUUGCAUUUUUAUAUUCCAAAUCCCCAGAAAAUUACCAAAGACAGAUACGAAAAUUGGUGAAGUUUCCAGGACCUCAGAGGACCUUCAAGACGGUUUUUGAACAGACAUUUCUAAAUGAGAGCGAGAAAUAUUGGUUUCAUCCCAUUCCUAAAUAUUUGGCAAAAGGAGCUCGUGGUGAGUUAGAUGUUGAUGAAAUUCACAAAUGGCUCGACGGAUUGGACAUGAACACAAUCAAGAAAGUUGUUGUAUUCGCAUUUCAUUCAAAUUAUUUUAGAAACGAACUCCUCAAACAUAAUUACGAGCAUGGCAACCACGCUGCAGCUGUAAAAACCGUAAAUGACCAGGUUCGAUAUACAAGGUCCAAAAAUCAGAGAAAAGUUACCGUCCAAAGUUCCGACCUACAAAACUUUAUUCCCAAGGAAGAAGGAGACAACCAUGCUGAUAAACCGAAACCAAAAGCACAAGUUUAAUACUAGACAAAAGGGAUAAGUCUAAGAGAGAUGAAGUCGUCUCUAUAAACAAUAGGUGUGGAAAAUUUUUCAAACCACCAGGAGAAACAACCUUCCCAACAUCAAGAUGUUAAACUUGCAAGCUCAAGGUCAAUGCAUUUAUAGAUACUGGCGCCAAUGUAUCCAUCUUGAGAGAAGAUAUGGCAAACAAAUUACGCGUAAAUUUUAUAAAAGAAAACCGAACGUUCCUAGGAAUAACGCAUGACAAACUUGAAGUCAAAGGAAAUUUAAGUCUACCGGUAGAAAGAAAUAAUCGAAGAUUUUACGAAACGUUCAUAAUUACUCCAACUUCCGACAAUGAAGUUCUCAUCGGAUGGAGCCUUUUUAAAAAAUUGGGAAAUUUGGAUUUUCUUAUAUGGCGAAACAAAUCUGGAGAAAGAUCAGACAUAUAGCAAAAACGAUGCGAAAGUUCAAGAAAUAUUAAAGCCAUUCAAUAAGGUAUUUACAGACAAUACCAAUAUACCGUUGCCCCAACACUUCAAUAGCGAUUUAGAGAUUAAACUGACAAGAGAGCUACCAGAUUAUGUACCAAAAUUAAGACUUUAUAACCAAAAGAAAAAUCGAUAAUGGCAGAAAAGGUGCAAUAUUAUUAAGUCAGAAUCGAAUCCGCGAAAGUUCAUCAACAUUUAUUUGCGCACCAUUAAUAGUUCCAAAGAAGGGAACAGAUAAAUAUCGCAAGUCAUAAACUAUAAGCCAUUAAACGCGAUUACGAAGAGGGAUAAUUAUCCAUUACCAAAUUUCGAAGAAAUUAUCAAUUGGCUAAGCGGAGCCAAAGUGUUUAGUACAAUCGAUUUGAACGAAGCAUAUCAUCUGCUAAGAAUUAAAGAAGGCGAUGAACAUAAAACUGCCUUUAAAACUCCCUUUGGAGCAUAUGAAUACACUGUAAUGCCGUUUGGAUUAACAAACGCGCCAGCAAAUUUUCAGAGAUAUAUCAGUAAGGUAUUUCUACCUCUGCUCGGCAUUUAUGUUAUCGUUUAUUUAGACGAUAUUCUCGUAUAAUCCUCAUCGGAAGAGGAACACAAAAUACAUUUGCAAGAAGUAUUUCACAGAUUAGAGGAAGCAAAUUUGUAUGCAAAUCGAGAGAAAUGUCAAUUUCUCAAAGACAAAGUUAAGUUCUUAGGUCACAUAUUUUCUGAAAAAGGAAUUGAAGUCGAUCCUGAAAGAAUAAAAGCAAUCACAAAUUGGCCUGUACCAAACACUUUAAGAAGGUUACAGUCAUUUUUAGAAUUUGUGAAUUACUCGAGAAGAUUUAUGCCAAUUUAUUCAAAUUGGCAAGACCAUUAUACGAUCUAACAAAAAAGAACGUAAAAUAUAAAUGGACCGAUCGUCAGCAGCAGGCUUUCAUACAAGUUGAGAAAGAACUUAAAAUUUUCUAUGUUGAGGCAUUAUGACCCCAAAAGAGAAACUAGAUUGGAAACUGAUGCUUCUGACUUUGCUAUCGGAUACUCUCACAAAGGCAAGACGAUGACCUUUAUCAUCCAAUUGCUUUUCACUCAGAGACAUUUACAGAUCGACAACGAAUUUGGCCAACAUGGGAGAAAGAAGCGUACGCAAUUAUAGCAGCUUUACGCAAAUGGUAUCAAUUUCUAUCAGAUACUGAAAAGCCAUUUACAAUUUUAACGGAUUAUAAGAAUCUAACAACCAUGUUUACCAACAUCAAAGCAGAUAUCCGUGCAAAGAUAAAUAGAUGGGCAACUGAAAUGGAACUAUAUAAUUUUGAAAUUAUCGACCAGGUCGAAAGAAUGAAGCUGCAGACGGCAUAUCACGACGUCCUGAUUAUAAGACGCAAACGAUUAAUCGCAUAAUAGCAAUCGAUUAUCUUUCCAACAUUUUCGAUCAUGUGAGACGAGAAUACUCUCAUUAUAAAAACUUUCAGAAUAUCCUCAAUGGCACAGAUCAUAACUCUCGUUAUAUUGUAAAAAACGGUCUUAUUCUCUACAAACGAGGACAAAUUGUCAUACCAAAGAUACCACAAAUGGUACCUCUACGAAGUAACGAACUUCCAAACUAGCUCAAUCUAAAUAGAGGUUUAUAAAUUCGGACUCGGAAUCACCACUCUCGCUGUCUUCCUCGAAAUCGUAGACAUAGAACCUAGGCUUAUGUGGCGCGAAAGAUAAUGUAACUGGUCCUGGUAGUCUAAUCGAGAAAUAGCUAGGAUUAUACCAAGACCUGGACCGCAUAGCCUCGUUGACCUCGUCGAUAUGUAUGUUGGUUCUACCGUCAGCACUCUCAAUACCUGCAAAUGUAUCAUUGACAAUGACAGUCAAUGAGUGAGGUAGCUCAUGAACAUUCCUGUCCGUCUGCAUAUAUUGUAGUAGCGCACGCCCUGUAAUUUUCUCUUGUAUAGGUGGUCGGUCCCUACAACAUUUGCUACAUUAUGUUCCCUGAGAGGUACGGUAACGUUAAUUGCCAUAGUUCAACCAAGAUAGCUUAAGAGCGGUAAACACAGUAUUGCUUUCUGUCAUCUCACGAUAUGUGUCUUGUUUAUAUUAUAUAUAUUCAAUACACUAUCAUAAGAGCAUUUGCUAAAUAUUAGCAAAUGAA